AUGCCUGACGACACAUCCAAAGCAUCCAUUCCUGCAUGGCAAAGACCCAAUAAGGCAGCGGACGAGUCGCCAUCACCAUCGCCAUCGCCAGCCGACGAUGCGCCCGCAUCUACAACCUCCACACCCCGACAAGCUCUCCUAGACCAAGCAUCCAAGUUCUUACAAGACGAGUCAAUCCGCGAUGCCCCAACAGAUCGCAAAGUCUCCUUCCUAGAGUCAAAAGGCCUGAAUCCAAGCGAGAUCCAACAAGUCCUUGGCAUAACCCGCAACGAGGAGGCAACCAGCAGCUCAACCGCAACCGAGGAGACACCAGCCGCAUCCACCUCACCCGUCCAAACAGAAGCCACACCUUCUUCUCCCGUCACCACCGCACCAUCCACCACCAUGUCUGAAUCGCGCCCAUCGCCCCCACCAGCACCAGCACCGGCCCCCCGCGACGUGCCCCCAAUAAUCACCUACCCGGAGUUCCUCUUCGAGUCCUCCAAGCCACCCCCGCUAGUCACAAUGCGCAGCGUCCUGUACACUCUCUACGGCGCGGCCGGUCUAGGCGCCACCCUGUACAGCGCCAGCGAAUUCCUUGUGAAACCCAUGCUAGCCAGCCUAACCAGCGCGCGCCACGAGCUAGCCGGCACAGCCGAAACAAACCUGCAAAAACUAAACGAGAAGCUGGAGAAACAAGUCAGCGUUAUCCCGCCCGAGCUAACAGCCCGCAAAAUCAAACCCUACUCCGACGAAGACGAAGAUGACGUCGAGUCCGUCACGUCCGACCCGACGGAACUGUUCCACCGCGAUAUGGCAACGCAGACGAGCCCGGAGUCCUCGCCUGCGCUGCAGGGUUCUGGUGCUGUUAACUCUGCUGACGCGGCGGCGUUGUCGCCCUCGACGGUGGUGGAUAAGCAUGUUAGCAGUGUUGAGUCGAUUAAGUCGCGGCUGCGUGAGAUUGUUGAUGCGGAGAAGGACGCGAGUACGCUGGAUGACUCUGUGCGCACUAGUCUUACGGAUUUGCAGCAUUUCUGUGAUGGGUUGAUUUACAGUACGCCGACGUACACUACUGGGUCGACUUAUGGGGUUUGGAAUUCGAGUAGUAAUGCUGCGUCGAAUAAUAAGUCCGGUUUGCGGAAGCCGGAGGAGGAGGCUAUCUCGGCGUUUAGGGCUCAUAUACGUACUGUGAAGGGUGCGCUGUUGAGUGCGCGUAACUUCCCCGCUAGUCGUGGAGGACGACUUGGGGGUGGUCUUCCUGUUGGCGGUCGGUGA